AGAUAAUGAGGCUGUCAGUGACUCGUACUUAGUCCAAUCCCUUCUCACCUUCAAGAGAAAUGUGUAUGAUCUACUAUGGUUCAAACGUUAUACCACUCGAGUGCCAAAGAUUCAUGUUGGUUGAGUGCAAAUAUCGACGUAUCUAUCAGAAAAAGGGGGAAAAUGAUAGAUAUCUCACUUAUGUGCUUUGAGCAGAAAUAUAUGUGUCAAUAUUUCCGUUACAGUGGUCAUAAUGCGCUCGAGCGUAAACAAAAUGAUUGAUGCUACUGCUGCUUUUUUUUAUUGUUCGACUCCUCUAGGCGUGGCGCAAAGAUCAAUGUGGAAGCGGUGUUUGAUAAGAUGGAUCCCAGCUAAUGUGAAGGACGUAGCUUCCAUCAACAACUCACAGAAAUUCGCUUUGAAAUUCUCCAGUUGUCGACAGCUAAACGAUUUUAUCAAUAAUAAUUAGUAAUACUACCUCAACCGUUUCGAACGAAAAGCCGGUUCUUUGUAGUCGCCUGCUCCUCGCUGAAAACUCAUUCACUGCGGUGUUAAGAUACUAUUUGUUAAGAUAUUAAUUAUUAUUUUAGUUUGUCGGCUGCAGUUCGGCUCCUAUUUUUAGUCAAUGUUGUAGUUGCCAUUACGCAUGUGAUUGGUAUCUUUCGUGUUUUUUCGAUCCUUUCGACUGCUAGAGAUACAUAAGAUACGAUGUUGCUAUAUACCUCAUGUGCCUUUAUGUCCUUAAAUUUUAAAUCGUCGACCACAAGAGCAAUGAUAUGGCGUAGAGCCCCUGCUUCGAAAGAAAUAGAUUUUUGCUGAUACGUCGCGACAGCAGCAGCAGGACUCUCAGCUGCCAAAAGAUCGCUGUCGUGUUGAAACAUUGGACAUAUAUUAGCUAAAAUAUUAGUCCUUGGUAUUCGAAGACAAGAGUGCCUUCUUAGGUAUACAACACACUAUAACCCUAUGAUGAUUACUUGACAUAUGCUAGACUAGAAACCGCUUACGUAGUCUGGUUAAUUAGAGUUAAAUGUGUUUCUACAUUCGGUUAUUAUCAAGUGCCAUAUGAAAAAAAAAACUGUAGGUACACACGUUUAUCAAAUUGCAAAUAUUUUUAAUGGCGGCUACCGCCGAAAGUGAAGUAACAAUCCCGUAUUGGUUUUAACUUCACUUACAUACAACGUUUUUUCUGCUGUGAACUAGAGUUCGUGAAAUAUUACGAAGGAAGUAAACAUGAAUAUACAUCAAAGCUCAAAAAUCUUGGUUCUGUGAUUUUCGCACAAAGCAAAAAACGUUUCCCCGGUUGUGGUGACGUUAUUGUUCAUGUGUUAACUGUGCGUGUACUCUGAUGCCACGGCUGAAACAAGUGUAUUCAUAAUAUCCCAAGAACUAUACCGAGAGUUUCUAUAUAUGUGAGGUGCUAUGAUGCUACACUUGCCAAAAAGUGCACGCUACCCGGCGGGGUCCAGGGGUUCGGGAUCCAGACUACCGCCUGUGGCUCUUGCUGGCAUGGCGAUCGCAGCUUGCCUGGCCAUCGUCGUCUACUGGCAUCAAGUUAGCGAAUAUCGCGCGCUUGAAGAACGCUAUCGGGAACUGCAGAUUGCGGAAACCCUUCCCAAAAAUCAAGAUGCAAAGAUGCUCUAGGACGAAAUUGCAAACUGCUGGGAAAAAAAAUCAAGAAAAGUAACCGUCUGCCAGUGUGUUUUAUUAUCGAUAUCGUGCUCUUUUAAGCCAUCUGGAACGUACGAGACGAGGCUUUAGGCUAAAUAGAAGCACAAUUGCACUAAGAGUGCGCAACUCUCUGCAGAUAUGAAGAUCUUACAACAAUGAGUGUAUCUAGUUGUGCGUUCGAUGAAAAGUUUCGUUUGUUCGUUGAGAAAAAAGAAGCGCUACAACGCCAAUAUAACGAUUUACAGAACGUUUCUCAAGACGCGUCGAGAAAAAUUAAGGACACUAAGGAGCGUUUGACGACAUGCGAAAAGGAGCGUGAAACUCUGGACACAACGUUACGUGAGAAGCAGUGGCAGCUCGAUGCAGCCGCUGCCAAAGCGACAGUGGCCGUCGGAUCGCUACCCUUUGCGCAGCCAAAUUCAGCUUUAUUGAAGCAGCAGCAGCAGCAGCAGCAACAUCCAAAUCAACUGCAGCAUAUGGAUGAUACGAGAGUAAAACGAUUGUAGAAAAUGUAUCAAAACUAAUUCGGAUAGCAAUUACUAUAUUAUUAGUUAUGAGAAAAUGUGAUCUCCUUGGAAUACGAAUAUGUGAACAAAAAAAUACGACGCCAGUAAAUAAAGACAAAUAUAUUUGUAUAACA